AAAACAAAAAGUCUUAAAAAAUCGUGUGUGCUAGAAAUAAGAAAAAAAAGGAAGACAUCCUGCGGUUUAUAUUGUAGAAGAUAUUUAGCAGUAUUUAAGGUUUGUUUCAAAGCAUGUCGCAACAAUCUGCUAAUUCUCCUGUGGGUACGAAGGUGAUGCUGCUCCUUAAGGCUGCAAAUGAGCCGUUGAACAAGACCGACUUGCUCAACAAAUUGGGUGUAGACAAGAUGGAUAAAACUAAACAAAAUAGUUUGAAACUUGAACUAAAUAUGGUAUUGGAUGCAGCCGUCAAGUUGGGUUUCAUCACAAAGUUCGAAGAUUACUUUGUGCCAGCUACUCAUCCCACAGACAUGGUUGAAUUACUGGGAUUCAACGAAACAUCGCAGAGUGACAUAAGCUUGAGCCCAACAGUUGACACUGUAAGCACUUACUCGGAUUCCGUCGAACCUAAUAUGGAGAUGGGCACGAAAUUGAUUCAUUAUAUGAAAUCUGUUAACAUGCCGCUGAAGAAGUCUGAUCUCUUGAACAUGAUGGGUGUGGAGCACAUGGAUAUGGCCGAGCAAGCUCAAGCGGAAAAUGAAAUCGAUAAAGUGCUAAAAGAUGCCGUCAAUCUAGGCUUCGUCCAGACAAUUGAGGACCACUUCAUUCCGGCUACACACAUCUUGGAUGUUUAUGAAAUAUUGGAGAAGACAAAAGAUAACGAAUCCAAUAUGUCCAUCAUCUCCAUAGGAAGCAGCAUCGAAUCGAUGACUAAAAAGUCUGAUGUCGACAUUUAACUUAAAGUAACACCCAUUGAUUUUUACAUCAAAAUUUAACAUGCAUUCAAAUUUACAAGUUUGCUUAUCAUAUGGCCAAUAGCCUAUUCAUACAUAUUCUUAAUUGUCUUGUCAAUAUUUUCAUAUAUAUAUUCAUGAUUUUCACUCUUUCAACAAAUUUGUUCACAAACACGAUAAAUCUCUGUUAACUACAAACACGAUAAGUCUGUUAACUAAUAACACGAUAAAUCUGUAACAAUAUAAAUCUUUUUGAAGAUGUUAA